AUGGAUGCAAUUCAAAAACAUAUAAAUGCCUUGAGUGGCGACCGAUCUCCCCUUUGCGAAUCAAAUAGUGGUAGGGUCAAAGAUACUUAUCCUGAUAAUAUACUUGCCCCAGUUUUGAAGGCUUUGAUAGAAAAAACAAAUAUUAAUCCAGCUCAGGUUGGAGACAUUGUUGUUGGAUCAGUGUUGGCGCCAAGCUCCGAAAGAGCAACUGAAUGCAGGAUGGUUUCUUUUUAUGUCGGCUUUCCUGGCGUGGGAAGAAUCUAUGAAAACCAUGGCACAAGGCCAAGAUUGUCCUCUUCCAAUGGGAAUCACAUCAGAAAAUGUCGCCCAACGCUUCAAAGUAAGAAGACAAGAACAAGAUCAGGCUGCAGUCGAGUCACGAUCUCUGUUGAUGAUUGGAUGCGCCCAGGGGUAAGUUUAGCAGAUCUUGCAAAAUUGAAACCUGUUUUUAAGAAAGAUGGGUCUACCACUGCUGAAACUUUCAACCAAGUUAGUGAUGGUGCUCGAGUUGUUCUGUUAAUCAAGAGAAACGUUGUUGUGCAAAAGGGAUUGCCAAUCCUUGGUGUAUUUAGCAUGAAGAAAUCAGGAUUCUUUGCAGCUUCCAUGGCUGCCGCUUCUGCUACUACCGCCAUAUCUGGCUCCAGUUCCAAAAAUCAAACUUCUCACGAGGAUCAUCAAGGAUCGAGCAAACACAGUGAAGAUUCUUCCGAGAAAUCGAAUUGUUGCGUGGAGAAAUUCGCUCCGAGGUUUGAUGGAUUGAGGUUUAUCGAAACUCUGGUAACUGCUCACCGAUAAUAAACGUAUGAGAUCUUCCAUUUUUUUUUUUUUUUCAUGUUCUUGCGUGAUUUAAACGCUGUGAAGCUUAUCGCCAUGAGGCCCAAGGCUAUUUUGGUAUUAUUAUUAUUGUAUUAUUAACAUAACAGAUUAAUUAAAAGUUAAAUAUCAAUUUAUUAUUAUGGUUCAUAAA